CCAGCCAGUCCACGCACCGCGAUGCGUUUCCAACGAGUCGCUGGCGUCAUGUGUUGACAGCUCCCCUCAUUGCUGCGACCAAAGACCUGGAGUGAUGGAGGAAGGCUCUGAGUUGAUGGAGGAUAUUGUAUUUCGAGGAGUGGAGUUUUCUGUUAAGAUGGAGGUGGACAAAGGUUUGCUGAUAGUGGAAAUCUCUGAUUCGUUGACAGCGGAUCAAUGGAGAGGGGACUUUGAUCCAGCAUACAUUGAGGACCUCACCCGCAAAACUGGCAACUUCAAGCAGUUCCCCAUUUUCUGCAGCAUGUUAGAAUCAGCUGUCAGAAAGAUGAGUGAUUCCGUUACACUUGACCUCUUGACCUACGCUGACCUGGAGCUGCUCCGCAACAGAAAAGCAGGAGUGGUUAGUCGCCCUCAUGGCCAUCAGCAGUCGUCUGUUCUCACUGCCAAAAGAUACCUAAUCCUCAUAUACACCGUGGAGUUUGACAGGAUACACUACCCCUUACCCCUGCCUUACGUGGGUAAGCCUGACCCGGCUGCCCUGCAGAAGGAAGUCCGAGCUCUUAAGGCUGAGCUCAGCACCGUCUCCUCUCACGGCAUCAACAAAUCUGCAGAACUAGAAAUCCAACGGCUCCGAGCAGAACUGGCUCUGGCGAAAGAACAAAAGGAUGCCAUGGCUAAGGUUCUGGAGCGACUGCAGAGCGGUGGAGGGGGGCCCGCACCGGGACCAGAGGACUGGAGGGCCAGGGAUGUGGUGAGGGCGCUGGAGGAGCAGCUCGUCAAGGAGAGGGCCAAAAGUCAACGCUCAGCGGGCAAGAGAUGCCAGGAGCAGCGACUCCUAUUGGAGCAGUUCGAUGACCUGACGGCAUCGGAGUGCGCUCUCCGCGUUCGGGUCAAGAGUCUCACCAGUGAACUGGCGUUACUACGGAGAGGCAGAGUGACUCCUGUGUCUGGUCACGCCUGUUCUCGGCUCGAUGGGGAAAUCUAUCGCUCGGUCUCCCGCGAGAGGAGGUCUGGUUACGGGACGGUCAGGGCUCGCUCAGGAUCCAGAGAACGGAUGGAUGACAGAGGUCAAAGGUCGGAGGAAAGAGGACGACGGUCGGACUCCUCAGGACCACGCGCUCGCAUACCUCGGCCGUCACCUUCCCCCACCGGGUCCCAGGUGCAACGCUUCGACCCGACCGCUUACAUCCAGGACAGGCAGCACAGACUGAAAGAGGCAGAUGUCAAAAAACAGAGGAAGGUACGGAGGGACCUGGUGAUGUCGCCCGUCGUCCCUGAGAGGGGGCGCUCACGUUCCCGAGAGGCCUAUCCUCAGACGGUCCGGUCCGGCAGCAGAGGCCGGAAUUUAUCCGUGGAGCGGCGAGGGAGCAGGAACUCCUCUGAAAGCUCGUUAGCGGAUAUGGAUGAAAUGCACAAAAAUCGUUUCAGGGGAAGAAAACCGACUUCCAAUGGACCCAAUGCGUCUCGAGGAGGCCUUUCGAGGAAACCGUUAUGCAGUACUCCAACACUCAGAGGGAAAGACAAAGAGAGCUCCAUGGAUGCCGGUGCCGAGCUGUCCGAGAUCGAUGCCAGGCUGCUGGCACUUCAGGAGUACAUGAGGGACCUGGAUACAGGACACUAACAACCACCGCCCAGCCCGCCGCUCAAGUCCCUCCAUGUUACCCGACAACUGCACAGCUAGAAGCUCAGACCAACGUUUAUUUUUCAAUGUUCAUGAUGUGCAGACUGGAGGAACACAUUGAGCUUCAAGCCUAAGCGAUGGGUUACGGCUGGAUAAGUGUUCAUGUUAGAGACUAAGACUCCUGGCGGGUUGAACUUCCAGCACUUCAGGAAACUAAAGCCAUCUCUGUGAAAGACUAUUUCUGGAUUGUAAAUAUAUAUAUUUUUUUACACCUUGCCAAACCAUCUUAACUAGUUCACAUGGAUAGAAGAUUUGGCAGUUCCUCAGUCAGUAAAUAUUUGUUCACCCUUUACUCGCCUGUUGAUGUUUUCCUUCCAACUCUGUGGCGUUUUUUUCCCCCUGCGAGUAAUGUGCAUCAUCUCUUCCUUCAUGAACACAUUUAAGUCGAGCAACUAUUUAAACUGAAAUGUCAACGGGUGUGAAAGUGAUCAACAUGUCAAAGAUAGACUUUAAAACCUGAGUUGGACCUCUUCUGUCCAGUGCAUGUUAAAAUAUGCUCCUGAACCCUGAAUGAUCUGACUGCAUGUCAUCAUUUGGUGGUUAAAUAUCAUUCCAGCGUUAGUCUACAUUUAUAAUCUAUGUUGUAAUUACAUGAAAAUUUUACUUUUUUAACAAUUCGAACCAAAGUAGAUCCAAUUUCCCUUUUGAGCUCAUAUCCCAAACUACAUCACAAAAUAUGUUAAUCUUGGAUGACAUUUGUUUACGGUAAUACUUCGAAAAAAAGUGUACGGACUAAGAUAUUUGUAGACAGAUCCAUACACAUUCAUGUUGACCGUGCAUGUAUGAACACUUUGUUGUUAGGGAAACUGCCACAUUUUCUAUGAACUGCUGUAUGUGCACAAAGACUUACUCACAUUUUAUCCAGUCUAAUGCCUUUUAAACCUGAAAAUAUAAUUUAUAAAAAAUUA